AUGUCCUCAAACUCUCCCCCCUAUGGCGGGGGGGUCAUAAGAAUGGACCUAGGAAACUCCCAGAACCCUGUCCAGGAUAAUACAUCUAUAUCCCAUAAUAAUGGAAUAGGAAAAGAACAACCAAACAAAGUGUUGAACGUACAAAAACCACAUUUGUACUCAGAUAAGGUAUACGUGUUUAUCCAAAAAAGAGAUGAAGAUGGAAAUUUAGGUAAGAUCCACCCAAUGAAAAUAGGUCAUAUUUUUCAUAAGACCCUAUCAAUUCCUAAUAUUGUAAGUAUCUCAAGCGUGGGUAGAAAUAGAGUGAAGAUUGAUUUAAAGUCUAUUAGUGAUGCGAACAAACUAAUUAAUGAUGAUCGGCUCAUCAAAGAAGACUUGGUAGCAUUCAUACCAAACAACUUGCUACAAAGAAAAGGCAUAAUCAGAAAUGUUGACACCUCAUUUGAUGAAAAGUACAUUUUAGAAAACGUAAAUCCUUCGGUCACAGUUACCGAAGUUAGCACAUUCAAAAAGAAAUUAAAUAUCGAUGGAGGCACGACAUUUGUUAAUAGACAGACGGUUCUCCUAUCUUUUGAGGGCAACACCCUUCCCACACAUAUUUUUAUAAACAGUGUUGCAUGUCCGGUUGAACCUGACGUACAUAAGGUCAUAUAA